CAAGCAGUAUGACAAGGCUUGCAGGCUCAAGAUCCACCUGCGGAGCCACACUGGGGAGAGACCUUUCCUUUGUGACUUCGAUGGCUGUGGCUGGAACUUCACCAGCAUGUCCAAACUCUUAAGACACAAGAGGAAGCACGAAGACGACCGCAGGUUCACCUGCCCAGUAGAGGGCUGUGGCAAGUCCUUCACCAGGGCCGAGCACCUGAAAGGCCACAGCAUAACCCACCUGGGCACGAAGCCUUUCGUGUGCCCCGUGGAAGGCUGCUGCGCCAGGUUCUCUGCUCGCAGCAGCCUCUAUAUCCACUCCAAGAAGCACUUGCAGGACGUGGGUGCGUGGAAAAGCCGUUGCCCGGUCCCCACCUGCAACAAACUCUUCACGUCCAAGCACAGCAUGAAGACCCACAUGACCAAAAGGCACAACCUCGGCCAGGACCUCUUGGCCCAGCUCGAAGCUACCAACUCUCUCACACCCAGCAGUGAACUCGCCAGCCAGGGGCACAGCGAUCUCAGUGGUGCCGAGCUCGUGUCUGUCUUCCCGGAUGUGCCUGGCCACAGUUCUGCUGCGGUGCUGGACACGGCCUUGGUCAACUCUGGCAUCUUGACUAUUGAUGUGGCCUCUGUGAACUCCACCCUCGCAGGAAGCCUCCCUGCCGAUAAUAAUAAUAGUAGCAACCAUUCCUUAGGGCAAGCGGUGGACCCCCGGGCCUUGAGGGGGGGCCCCAGUGACCUUCCCCAGAGUCUGGAUACCUCUCUCUUCUUCGGAACCUCGGUGGCCGGUUAUCAGCACAGCCCCUUAGACAUGGACGAUGUCUCUGCUGGGAAUGUGGGGCUCUUUGGCUCCUUGGCUCUGAAAAACUCAAGCCUGGAGACCCAGGCUUUGACACCCAGCAAUAAGUUAACCGUGGACACGGAAGCUCUGACUCCCUCCAGCACCCUUUGUGAAAACAGUGUCUCCGAGCUACUGACCCCAGCCAAAGCCGAUUGGAACGUGCACCCCGAAUCUGACUUCUUUGGGCACGAGGAAGAAACCCAGUUCGGAUUCUCCCAUCCAACAGGAAGCCAUGGGUCUCAGAAAGAGACAGAUCUUAUCACGGUGACCGCCUCCCCGUUUUUGGUAUGAACCGACUCUGCCUGUUCCCUGCCUGACCUGUGGCUCACUUUUUUUUUUUUUUAAAUCACACUCAAAUGUGAGAAUGUUCUGGAAGGAGUGCUUGCGUUGCUUGCCUGCAGUUGUUUCUUGCUGCUUUGCAAAGGAGCGCAUCUCUGGACUACCAAUUUAGGGAUUUCAAUUCUCAUCUUGAGUCUGGAACUGAUGAGU